AUGGCUUGUUCGGAUUCAGCGGCUGAAAUAGCAGCCAAGCCAGCCAAGAUCUCGACAGUAGAAGGUUUCAUGACAGGUGCCUUGGCUGCCAUGACAGCAGUCACCAUCACCAACCCAAUGGAAGUGUGCAAGACUCGAAUGCAGCUUCAGGGUGAGCUCAUGUCGUCAGCGCCACGCCUUGUCAGCGGGCAAGAGGGCUCAGGAGCACGUCUGUACAAGUCUUCCUUGGACUGCUUCACCAAGACGAUCAAGUGGGAAGGCAUCAGAGGUGUUCAGCGAGGUAUCGGAGCUGCUUACGUCUACCAGCUCUUGCUCAACGGCAGUCGUCUCGGCUUCUACGAGCCCUUCCGUAAAGCUAUCAACCGUGCAGGAGGCAAGCGAGCUGACGAGCAAUGGGCCGCGGGUGCAUUCGCAGCAGGUGCCUCAAGUGGAUGUGUCGGUGCGAUUCUGGGCAACCCUCUUUUCCUGAUCAAGGCUCGUAUGCAAGCCUACAGUCCGCAUUACCUGAUCGGUAGGGCAUCGCACAACUACACAAGCACUCUCGAUGGCAUUUCCAAGAUCUUCAAGAGCGAAGGUCUUCGAGGUCUGAUACGAGGUAUGGAUGCUGCAGUCCUGCGAACAGCGAUGGGAAGCACAGUGCAAUUGCCAGCGUACAACUGGUUCAAGGGCUAUCUCACCAACAUGGAUGUCGAUGCGAACGCAUACAACCCGCUCAAGUUCCUGGCCAACAAGCCGACCUCUUUCUUCACCUAUCUCGCCUCUUCCAUCUUCAGCGGACUCUGCGUAUGUGCAGUGAUGCAGCCAGCGGAUACAGCGCUGACACGCAUGUACAACCAGCCAGUACGCAUCGACCAACGUGGACGCAGUGUGGGAACGCUCUACCGCAAUCCCUUCCACUGCCUCUACCUCACUGCCAAGGCAGAGGGUCUGUUGGGUUGGUACAAGGGCACCACAGCGCAUCUCUUCCGUAUCGCACCGCACACUGUGUUGACGCUUAUGAUGAAUGAAGGCUAUUUGCGGUGGUACACCAACUUCAAAGCUGGUCGCUCCUUGCUCGAUGCACCAGCAGUGACGACUAUGUAG